AACCAAAGAACUCUCAUUCCCCAUCCAGUCUUCUGUAUGUGGCUGAGGACUGCCCUCGUAUUUCUUGCAAGUCUUUCAUCCAUAAUUGAGCUUUUUCUCUUAUUUCUGCCUACACUUGCAUCUUUACCUUCUAAAGGAUGAUUUUGUGACUGAAAUCCAGCAUCUUUCCUCUUAAUUCUUGGGAGAGAGCCUCUUUUACAGGAGCUAUCUUUGUUCUUGUGCUCACAGCUGCUGAGUGUACAGUAGCUGCUAGUGGGGAAAUAGGUUAGUGUGCCUUUUUGGUGCCAGACAGCAGAGUUGACUAUGUUCAGUGCAUGGAGAAGAUGAAGAGGAAGGAGAUGCCUUUUUGGCAGUAGCAUUCUCCAACCUUUGUAACCAUUCGUGGAAAAGGUAACUGGAAUCUUCCUGUCUGACUCCGACCUUUAGUGGGAGUGUCAGCAACAGAUUUCAGGACAGACAAAGAAGAAAGCACCUGAGACCGGCCGUUUCCUUUUUGUUUUUUGUGCAUAUAACAGGACUUCACCCGUGUAGCCUAUAGGCUUGCAUCCUUCAUCAUGGACAUCAACCUUCAGUCGCAUCGAUUCUACUUCCCCCAGAUCUACUGUGCUGAACCUGGUGUACAGCCGCAGCUUGCUGAGUUUAAAGUCAGCGAGCAGAGCAUCUGCCAGGCGCGGGCCUCUGUCAUGGUCUACGAUGACACCAGCAAGAAGUGGGUCCCCAUCAAGCCUGGCCAGCAGGGGUUCAGCCGCAUCAACAUCUACCACAACACUGCCAGCAACACCUUCAGAGUGGUUGGCGUCAAGCUGCAAGACCAGCAGGUGGUUAUCAACUACUCUAUAGUGAAAGGUCUCAAGUACAACCAAGCCACUCCGACCUUUCACCAAUGGAGGGAUGCCAGGCAGGUCUACGGCCUCAAUUUUGCCAGUAAGGAAGAGGCCACCACCUUCUCCAAUGCCAUGCUCUUUGCCCUCAAUGUACUCAGCGCUCAGGAUGGAGGUCCAGCUCUCCAGCGUCAGGUCCAGAAUGGUCCCACUUCAGAUGACAUCGAAGCUCAGAGAGCAAGGCAAAUGAUGGAACAGCAGCAGAUGCAGGCGCACAUGGAGCGGGAACGACGGUCCUCUAACUCAGGUUCUUCAUUCCAAGGUCACCCUGCUGUGCUCUCCGUAGCCCCACCUGUAAUACCUCCACCUGUGAACAUGGGCGGUCCUCCCCCUCCUCCACCGCCACCAGGCCCUCCACCUCCAUCAGCAGUGGCCCCUCAGCCUCCUCUCCCUCCUCCGCUGCCUAUAGGAGGAGGCAACCAGGGGGACGAGGCCCCUGCACCAACGGGUCUUGCCGCAAUGAUAGCUGGAGCCAAACUACGCCGUGUCCAAAGACCUGAGGAAGGCUCUUCAGGUACCAAAAAUGAAGCCAACCGAACAAGUGGUGGGAGUGGAGGACUGAUGGAAGAGAUGAACGCUCUCCUGGCACGAAGAAGGAAAGCAGCUUCAGAGAAGCCUGACGACAGUCAAAAUGAUGAUGCAAACUCUCCAUCACCCAACACUCGGGGUGCACAGAAUUCCACAGAUGGCACGAAGAAGCCCUGGGACCGAGCUAACUCUGCAGACAGGUCAAUGGUUUCAAGGUUACGAACAGCAGGAAGUGUCAGCGACUCAGACUCAUUAGAUCUUGAUAGGAUGAAACAGGAAAUCUUAGAUGAGGUUUUCCGUGAACUGCACAAAGUGAAGGAUGAAAUCAUUGAUGCCAUUAGAAAUGAACUCAGCCGAGUUAGCACGACAUAAUUUUUGAGACCUGAAUCGCUUUUUUCAAACCAUUGCCCUUGCAGCCGCUGCUGAGGCCCUGAAGACGAGGAGGAGGAGAAGUCAGGAACAGAGGCCCAAACUGUGAAAUCUACUUAUCGUGUUCAGCUGUGGUGUUGAAGCAAUGCGGCACCGUUUCUGUAACACCUUGUUUGUUUCGCCAGAGACAUGAAUGGACUACAUUCUCGCACUGAUUACUCUGUUUCAUUAACAUGCUUUGUCUGUUUGUCUACCCAUCUCUUCCCUUUGCCUCUGGCCCAAAGGAAAUUUAUGAAAUAUACAAUUAUUUUAUUAGUUUAUUUUAAUAUUUUAUUGCACAUCUGUGUGAGUCAGAUUUUUUUUCUUUUGUUAUUUCGCUUUGUUUGAACUACAUUCACAAUGGGGUCCCAUGUAUUUGCUUUAAUCACCUGACCUGAAACAUUUCUUUUUUUUUUUUGUUAUUUAUGUACUCUUUUUUUUUGCCAACACAAGUACAUUUGGAACCAUGGCAGAAACUCAAAGAAGAAACAAUGGGCUUCAAACCAAGAAUAAAGUACACUUCUUUUGAUAAUGCAGUCUUCUGAGGUAAAAAUAGAAAUAAAAAAUAAAAACAAAACACCAGAGUAUUUGUGAUCAUGUUGUUGAUAAAAAAUUUUUAUCAGCCUGCAAGGAUAUGGUGAUGUAUUGUCUAUUUUAUUGUGUCCCUUUAUGACAAAAGUGCUUCCUGGUUUGAGGGGAAAAAAAGAAACACAAUGAGUUUAAAAUCAAUUCAAAUAAAACUGUACAUGUCUUGGAUAAA